AGUCCUGCUGUUCUUCCAGACCUUACAACUCUCUCUCUCUCUCUCUCUCUCUUCUGAUAGACUAGAACAGGUAGGUUGGUAGAAUGAGCUUCAUCAGCAUGAUGGAUGCGAGAAUGCCUCCAGGGUUCAGGUUCCACCCUAGGGACGACGAGCUCGUGCUCGACUACCUCCUCCACAAGCUCUCCGGCCGCGGCCGCGCCUGCGAUGGCGUCUCCAUCGUCGACGUCGACCUCAACAAGUGCGAGCCAUGGGACCUUCCAGGUGCUGCAUGCGUGGGCGGGAAGGAGUGGUACUUCUUCAACCUGCGUGAUCGCAAGUACGCCACGGGGCAACGCACCAACCGCGCAACACGGUCAGGCUACUGGAAGGCCACCGGCAAGGACCGCACCAUCGUCGCCGGCAGGGAGGCGGCGGCGGUCGGGAUGCGCAAGACGCUGGUGUUCUACCGAGGGCGGGCCCCCAAGGGGCGGAAGACGGAGUGGGUCAUGCACGAGUUCCGCCUGGAGCCAUCAGCACCAUGGCUGGGACGCAAGCUCCCGGUCCCAUCAAGCCAUGAUCAGCGUCUCAAGGAGGACUGGGUGCUAUGCAGGGUGUUCUACAAGAGCAGAACAACCACCCCAAGGCCACCAUCUGAAGAUCAGGCCUGCACGCCGUCCACUGAGCCGGACCUGCCGGCUGCGCCACCCGCUUCACACCUUGUGGACACCUACACGGCCUUUGACGGCGUCACAACGGCGGCCAAGCAGCUGCCCUGCUUCUCCGGCCUGCCGGUGUUGCCAUUCAAGGUCCCGGUGAGCCAUGGGGACUUGCUGACCUACGACACCUCUGAGAAGGAAGCCAUUUGGACAGUCCUGAGCAGCAUGCCAAGCAACAGCACUUCAGGACUGGAGUUCUCUCCAAAUUGCAAUUGGAACCCAGAAAAUGGCAUGUCACAGAUGUGGAACCCCCUUUGAUUAAUAUUGAUGUGUGAUAGGGUGCAGUUGCUAGAUAGUUAUGUGUUGUGGAUAGUAGUAAAUAGAUGACCUAGCUAUUCUUUCUUCUCCCACUGGUAUAGUAUUGGUGGAUUGUGGGUACAGUUUAUAUUGCUUAAUUUUAAAAUAGGAGUACUGUGACAUAGACAUACGGAAUAGAUUAGUGGAAUGGAUUCCAUAGUAUUUGUAUAUGGUAUGGCUAAGGAAACAUGUCCUAAUUUCUUACA